AUGUGGAUAUCGAUGCCGCGGCGAAGGAUGGGCCCUCUCCUCUCGGCCGCCUUCGUGUUCCUGCUGGCCCUGAGCGCCGUGUCUCCGGCCUCGGUGGGUAACCCCGAGGAUUACGCCGCGGACGAGGCAGAGCGGACCGCCAGUGAUAGCAUCGUCUUCGAUGACUACCGGGGGAAAGGAUGCGUGGACGACAGUGGUUUCGUCUACAAACUCGGGGAGCGCUUCUAUCCGGGCCACUCGAACUGUCCGUGCGUGUGCACGGAGGACGGGCCUGUGUGCGACCAGCCCGAGUGCCCCAAACUGCACCCCAAGUGCACCAAAGUGGAGCACAAUGGAUGCUGCCCCGAGUGCAAGGAAGUUAAAAACUUUUGCGAGUACCGGGGGAAAACGUAUAAAAUACUGGAAGAAUUCAAGCCGUCACCCUGUGAAUGGUGCCGCUGCGAACCAAAUAAUGAGGUGCACUGUGUGGUGUCCGACUGCGCCGUCCCAGAGUGUGUCAACCCUGUGUACGAGCCGGAGCAAUGCUGCCCCAUCUGUAAAAACGGUCCAAAUUGCUUUGCUGGAACGACGAUCAUCCCAGCCGGAAUUGAAGUAAAGGUGGACGACUGCACCAUCUGCCGCUGCCACAACGGAGACUGGUGGAAGCCGGCACAGUGCUUGCGGCGGGAGUGCCUCAACGGCCAGUCGUUGUCAUAG